AUGAGACGCGACUUUGAGGAAAAGGAAAAGAAGCGUCGAGAAGAGUUUGAGAACAAGGAAAAGUUGCGUCAACAAGAAAUAAAGGAUCUGAACACAAAACUUGCCAAGCAGAGAGCCGAAGAAGAGGCAAGAAAAGAAGAGCGAAAGAAGAGAAAAAAGAAGAUCACUAUUGUUGGGGUUUGUUGCAUUAUUGUACUCGUAGGAGCAGGAGCCGCUACUUUUGUGAGUCUAACUCAGGAUGAAACUACGACUCCCUUUGAGAACUUGGAAGAUGCAACAAGCGUUCCUUCAAGCGCACCUUCCAAUGGCCCAACUGUAACUCAGCUCUAUCAACCACCCAGUGAAGACGACUGCCUCGCUAUUGCUACAAACCAGACCAUAGUUGGGCAAGAAAACUUGGAACAAACUGACUUUGACAUUGCAUUUGAUGUCACUUUGCAAUCUGGUUGCGACCUUACUGCUCAAGACGUGCAAAUUCUACUGGAUUCUAUUCAACAGACGAUUCUCCCAUCAUUGGCCGGAUGUCCCACUCAGACAGCCACUCGUCGUGGUCUUCGAGCCAACAAAGGAAAUCCAAUGAUCAGAGGUACUGUCACACAGAAGCAAAGACAACUUGCUAUUGGGGACAGCCGCUUUGUCAUUUCCAAUGGGUUUGCCACCGGUGGAGUUGAUUCGACCUUUGUCUGUGGCGACACUCAAGAUUCAAGUCAUAGAAUUGUGGUGAAUUUGUUUCUCACUUUGAAUGGACCUGUCGAAUUGACGGAUCUUGUCAGUCUCACCUUUGAUCAAAUAGCAGAUCUAUUGAAGAACGCAGGACAAGAAGGUGACAACUUGAAAGAUCCAUUGGGUUUGAACGAUUCCUUCUCCGAAUUGCGCUUGGUCAGAGUUGGAGAUCAAGAUGUACCAACAGCGGCUCCAACUCCAAUGCCGUCCACUGAUUCCGGGCAAACUCCAUCACCAACUGCAGUGGUUGCUCUAACUUUGAGCCCUACUGGAAUGCCAGUGGUCGGAUUGACAUCCCAAGCCCCAAGCUCUUCACCAUCAAGAAUCACAGCAUUGCCAUCCAUGAGACCUACCUUGGCCCCUGUAUCCGGCCCGACGCCCCCGCCAACUGCAAGCCCAACAGCAAGACCAUCCGAUACACCAAGCUCGCAGCCUUCCUCUUUGCCUACCUUGGCUCCAACACUGGCUCCAGUCGUUGGACCAACGCUUCCCCCGACCCCACUCCCGACGGCGAUACCAUCGGAAGUACCAUCAUCUUCGCCAUCAAAAUCACCAACACCAGUUCCAACUCCAGGACCAACACCGCUUCCAUCAUCCAACCCAUCAAUCCAAUCGAGCAUGGCUCCAUCUUCCAAUCCAUCGAUCCAACCUUCCACGGUCCCAUCUGUCGUUCCAUCACUGAAACCAAGCAUGAACCCCUCCCAAACGCCCACAGUAUUCACACAACAAUGCUUUGAAAGCAACUUUGAACUUGGUUCUCAAGUUGGCAAUUGGUUUGGUACAACAUUGCAAAAAACAACAGUCGAGAACACGUAUGGGCCUAUCGGAGACUGGUGUUUUGGUACAGGUGUGACCAGUAUGCGAUUCCUCUUCCAAUAUAGGUCCACCUUCAAUGAAGACAUUUCCAACUGGGAUGUAUCGUCUGUGACAAACAUGGCAGGAAUGUUCGAGCUUGCUACAUCCUUCAAUCAAGACUUGUCAUCAUGGGAUGUUUCUUCUCUUAUCGAUAUUUCUGCAAUGUUCCGAGAUGCAUCAUCCUUCAAUCAGGAUCUUUGUCCAUGGGGCCCGCGUCUUCCGAUCCCAAAUCAAAGUGUGGUCGGCGCAUUCGUCGACACUAGCUGUCCUUUUCAAUCUGAUCCAAGCUUUGCUUCCAAUCCACCAGGUCCGUUUUGUACCUUCUGUCCACUUACGGCGGUAGGCCCGGGACCAAGCAUGUAA